GUCCGUUUUUAUUUACUUGCUUCCAUUGCUGCUGGUUGUGUACGCGCUCAACCGUCGUGGUUCGUAUGUAUUAUGUCUUGGAAGCUUGGGAUUCACAACCAUUGGCUCAACUCCACUCUCUCGACGGAGAAUCCGGACCGCACCUCGUGACUAUUCCUCCCAUUAACAAACCCUCAUUUCCUCUCGUGAGACAACUGUUCUAGCCCGAAUGUCGUGGCUUCCCAAGGUCCGCGUUGCAGCAUGCAACGUCAGCCCCGUCUUCCUCGACACGGCCAAGACGGUGCAGAAGACAGUGGGCCUGAUUCAAGAAGCGGCGAGGAAUCGCGCGGACUUGGUCGUCUUUCCGGAGACGUAUAUUCCUGCUUAUCCGUUGUGGGCCGGACUAGCAGCCCCCAUCGAUAACCACCACUUCUUCACCCGCCUCGCCCACCAGUCCCUCCUCAUCACCGGCCCGGAAAUCCGCACGCUCCGCCAAACCUGCGCGCAAGCCAAAAUCUUCGCACACAUUGGCUUCAACGAGCGCUCUAGCGCGAGCGUCGGGUGCCUGUGGAACUCGGCGGUGCUGAUCAGUGACAAAGGCGAGAUUCUGAAUCAUCAGCGGAAGUUGGUGCCGACGUGGUAUGAGAAGUUGAUUUGGGCGAAUGGCGACGGCGCGGGUUUGCGGGUCGUCGAUACGGAGCGGUGUGGGAAGGUGGGUGCGCUGCUUUGUGGUGAGAAUACGAAUCCGUUGGCGCGGUGGAGUUUGAUGGCGCAGGGCGAGCAGUUGCACAUUACCACUUGGCCGCCGGUCUGGCCAACGAGACGAGUGUCCUCCUCGCAAACGCAAGGCUCGACUGCGUCAUCCCCAAGCAAGCAAUACGACAAUCUAGCGGCCAACCGCACCCGCACAAGCGCCCACUGCUUCGAAGCAAAGUGUUUCGGCGUGAUGAGCUCCAUGUACAUGGACAAAGUCUUCCGAGACGAAAUCCUUGCCGCCAUCCCUUCAGCAGAAGAAACACUCGACAGCCUCACGCAAGGCGCCAGCCUCUUUAUCGACCCCACAGGAACGCAGGUCGGCGAAUCAGUGGUGGGAGAAGAAGGGAUAGCGUAUGCGGACUUGGACUUGAAUGCGUGUGUGGAGCCGAAGCAGUUUCAUGAUGUCGUCGGGUACUAUCAGCGUUUCGACGUGUUUGAUCUAAAGGUCAACAGGGAGAGGUUGGAGGCGCAGAAUGCUUUCCGUGAUGACGAGGUUGUUGCUGAGGUUGGGGAGCGGGCGAGUGCUGUGGGCAGUGACGAGACCUGGUCUCAAGAAUCGACUCGAGAGCCGUCGGGCUUGGGGCAUGGAGUGGGUGGAUUAAAGGUACUGUGAAGACGGGACUGAGUAA